CCCGUGGCGCUGACCCUUGAUAACUGGUUACAUAUCCGUCACCACCUGUCAACUAACUCACAGGGAUUACCCCGACUCCCCCACGAUUUCGGGAUGGUGGGGUCAUGAUCUUGGUGAUAUCACACUUCGAGAUUAAAGCUGCCCCAGUACUUCUCUAUCCCGUAACUACACCAUUGUCCUUUGUUUCUAAACUUUCGUCCUGCGUUCACCUUUACUACAAAAUCUCAACCAUAUCCUCGCAUCCGAAUGCCUCUAGCACGAUGAGUCCCCCAAAGCCAUCUAGGAUCGCUUCACAUGCGGGGUCAUGGUACGACAGCAGCGGGCCAGGACUGUCCGCUCAACUUGACCGAUUCCUCGACGCUGUGCCCGCCUCAACCACCCCGAUCGGGACGGAGUCUUCCAAAGGAGCUCCGGUGUCCAUCCCUUCGUCGGGAGCAAGAGCAAUUAUCGCACCGCAUGCUGGAUACGCCUAUUCAGGACCUGCAGCGGCAUGGGCGUAUAAGGCUUUGGAUCUCUCCAAUGCGAAGCGGAUCUUUCUGCUUGGUCCUUCGCAUCACUAUUACCUCUCGCGAUGCGCGCUAUCACGAUGCGGAGCCUAUGAAACCCCCCUUGGAGACCUUCAGAUCGACCUAGCGACGGUUGCGGAGCUUGAUAAGUCCGGACAUUUCGAUAGGAUGUCUAUUGACACCGACGAAGCAGAGCAUAGCUUGGAAAUGCAUCUACCGUACAUCUACAAGAUGUGCUCCCGAGCAUUUUCGAGCCCAUCUGCCUUUCCAAAGCUAGUCCCUAUUCUCGUCGGAUCUACUGAACCCGCGACCGAGAAACAGUACGGGGCGUUGCUUGCACCUUACUUAUCCGACCCGUCCAACGUGUUCAUCAUCUCCUCAGACUUCUGCCACUGGGGUCAGCGAUUCCGAUACACAUACUACCGCACUCCCGAUGGCACCGCUCACAAUCUCCGCUCAGCGGGCAAGCGACCAUCCAACCCCAGAAUCCACGAGAGCAUCGCGCUGGUUGACCAGAUGUGCAUGGACGCAGUGGAGUCAGGGGAGCAUGACGAAUUCCUGUCCGUCCUACACGAGACGGGAAAUACAGUCUGUGGAAGGCAUCCUAUCGGUGUGAUGAUGGCGGCGAUCGAGCAGCUCUGGACCGCAAAUCCGAGCUCCGAGGCUGACGAAGGUGGGAGGUUUAAGUUCGUGAGGUAUGAGAGGAGUAGUGAUUGCGUGGACGUGAGGGAUAGUAGCGUGAGUUACUGUAGCGCUCACGCGAUCCUCUAACUCCGAGAGGAGAUCCUUGUGUUGAAGCUAAACUCAGGGUGGAGUUUGACGUGGUUCGCCUUGAUAAACUAGGCAAAUCGUCUCAAGAAAUUCAUGAAAUCAAAUGAAGUCUGGAAGCCGGGCAGAAAAUAUGACCGCCAAUGUUCACCCUGUUCUCGUAUUUCUUCAGAGCUAAAUUUUCUUUCAUCCAUCCC